GCGAGCGUGCGCGUAGCCGGAAAGCUUGGGCGGCCGCUCCCGCCUGAAACUGCUGCCCGGCUGCUGCUGCUGCGCUGCGGCCGCGGCGGCGGCGGCUGCCUGUCCUUCCUGGAACGGCGGCGGAGGCGGCAGUUGCUCCGGACACCAGCGGCGGUGGCCGCUACCCCGGGCGGCGCGGAGAUGUGGCCCUUGGUGGCAGCGCUGUUGUUGGGCUCGUCGUGCAUCGGUUCAGCUCAGCUACUAUUCGAUAAGACCAGACUAGUAGAAUACACCAGUUGCAAUGAAACCGUUGUCAUCCCGUGCUUUGUCACUAACGUGGGAGCACAAAACCCUGGGGAAAUGUUUGUGAAGUGGAAAUUCAACAGAACAUACAUUUUCAUCUAUGAUGGCAGCCGAAACAAUUCUACUGCAGAUAGCAACUUUUCUAGUGCCAAAAUCUCGGUCUCAGAAUUAAUCAAAGGAGAUGCAUCUUUGAAGUUGGAUAAGGCUGAUGCCGUUGUAGGAAACUAUACAUGUGAAGUAACAGAAUUAAGUAGAGAAGGCGAAACAGUUGUGGAACUAAAGUAUCGUGUUGUUUCCUGGUUUUCUCCAAAUGAAAAUAUUCUCAUUGUUAUUUUCCCAAUUUUGGCUAUACUUCUGUUCUGGGGACAGUUUGGUCUUUUAACACUUAAAUACAAAUCCAAUCGUACAAAUAGGAAAAUCAUCCUCUUACUCAUUGCUGGAGUGGUACUCACCGCAAUUGUUAUUGUUGGAGCCAUUCUCUUCAUCCCAGGAGAAUAUUCAGUAAAGAAUGCAUCUGGCCUUGGUCUCAUUGUAAUUUCUACCGGAAUAGUAUUAAUAUUACUUCAGUACAAUGUGUUUAUGGCAGCUUUUGGGAUGACCUCCUUCACCAUUGCUAUAUUGAUCACUCAGGUGCUGGGCUGUGUGCUUGCUAUGGUUGGACUGUGUCUUUGUAUGUUUGCAUGUGUACCAGUGCAUGGCCCACUAUUGAUUUCAGGUUUGGGCAUCAUAGCUCUAGCAGAAUUACUUGGACUAGUUUAUAUGAAGUUUGUGGCUUCCAAUCAGAGAACUAUACAACCUCCAAGGAAAGCUGUAGAGGAACCCCUUAAUGCAUUUAAAGAAUCAAAAGGAAUGAUGAACGAUGAAUAACUGAAGUGAAGUGGUGGACUCUGUUUGGAAGCCGUAAAUGUGAAGGAAUACAAUUAUGUUUAAGCACCAUGGCCUUGAUGAGUCACUGUUGAAAAGAAGAAAACAAAACAGUAACUGGUUUUCAUCAAUGAGAGAGCAUUGAUAAGUCAUUUAUCCUUAAAUGAUUAUUACAAUUGUUUAUAUUCAAAGAAACUGUCAUUUAGUUAAUAAAAGAAUUAUGAUCCGUGUUGUGUGCCCAAUUGAUAUCCAGUUUUAUGAUACUUUUAUUCAAUUAGGGGCAAAAGUAGAUAAGGCAACUUCCAAGAAUGAUGUCCUUCAGAUCCUGGGGUCUCUAGACUCAAGGUUUAAAUUGGAUUUGCCUAGGAAUUACUUAGCACUGACCUGGUGGCUAUCCAGAGAUCUCCUUGAAAAAGAGUGGCUCUUAUCAAGCCUUUGUGAAACUCAGGUUCCCAGCAGCUCUGGCUGAAUAAUGUUGUCUGGGUGAGGGGAAUAGUGACUUCAAUAAAGAUGAGAAUUAGCUUGGGAACACCUUGUAUGGCACCUGGGUGUGCUGUGAUGCUGUUGGAGAUAGUAGUCUUCAUUCUUGGGGGUUGCCAUUCACACAUUCCCCCUUUGACAUUCAGUGUCCUUCCCAGAUUCAGGAUACUUCUGUUGGUGGAUGUGGUUUCCUUUGAUUCACACAACCCUUUGAACCCUGUCUUGUUGUCCUGUUACUUGCUUCUGCUGUAUAAGAUGUAGCACUUUUUUUUUUCUUCUUUGAACAUGGUCCAGUGAUGCACUGGCAUCCUUGCAGAAAGGAGCUAGCUUGUUCUCAGAGCACUGUGUUCAUCCUUUUCAGCAAAAAAUAGCUAUGGUUGUAACAUAUGUAUUCCCUUCCUCUGAUUUUGAAGGCAAAAAAAAAAAAAUUCUACAGUGUUUCUUCACUUCUUUUCUGAUCGGAGGCAUGACAAAGCAAGACUGAAAUCCGAACCCUGCGUAUCCUCUGCAUGGCAACAUAAUGUGUGUCUCCACCAGGCCUCAGGCCAGCCCUGGGAAGGUGGCUUCACUCUCGUUGUGUCUCUGUUGCAUGAUGAACACUCAUCCCCUUCCUCCUGUAUCCCACCUCUUGCUUCCCCCUCCCAAGGUUGAAAAGUAAAACAAAACCACCAUUAUUUCCUACCCCACUUAGAAGAAAAUCAGCGUUCUGACCGUUGUGAUUGCCUGGAGUACUUUAGAUUAUUAGCACUUGUUUUUUACCUUGUUUGUGGGUGUGUGUUUGUAUGUGCACAUGUAUAAGAUAGGCACAGGCAUCUUCUGUAUGGACGGAAGUGGCAAACGUACAGGAGAGCAGAUGCUAACUUCGUGCUUUUAAUAAAUACAUUUAAACACAAAGAUCCUUAUUGGGUGGAAGUAUAUUUGAUGCACAAAUAUUUGAUCUCUUAAAACUUUAAAAAAAUGUCUAGGAAAUUUGUCACGCUUUUUGACUGCUCACCAACACCCUCUAAAAAUACUAGCAAUUGUUCCUGUUUGUGUAAUGAGAUAUUCAUAUUUGUGGUUAAGUGGACCACAGAACAAUGUUAUUUUUUAAUCCAUUGAAUGUUUCCAUGUGCCUCUUGUAUGCCAAACUUACCGUCAUAUUUCAUGUGGGACCAAGUGGUUUGCCUAGGGCAAACCUCAACUUAAGACCUGCUAGGCCUCUCAGAAAACUGAACACAUUAUCAAGACAGCUUUUCUUGGAGAAAAAAAAA